AUGAGCGAUACGGAUCUCGUCCUUCGUGGAGGGACGGUGAAUGUUAGUGAACUCGCUCGGACACCGUUGAUUUACUCAGAUCCCGAACUUCCAGCACAGUCAGCUGAACAUCCAGAACAUCUGACGACUAUUCCUGAAUUGGGAGAUGGAGGUCUGUCAGAGCAGUCCAUGCAGAGUGAUAGCGCUCAUGGCGAAGGUCAUGCCAGUGCUGGACCCUCGCGUGACACAAGGCUGAAAAGCGAUUUGGAAAUCCGAAAUCAGCACUAUCAGAAACAGAAGCAGUACUCCGAGCAGAAGCGGCAGCGGAGGUUGACCGACAUUGAUUUCGAAGGGAUUCUGAGUAUCAUCGGUGGAUGUUCAAAUUGGCAAGUGGUAGUGUAUUUGAUGAUAUCCGUUCAACAAGUACCUCAUGCAAUGUUCAAUCUCAGUGUAGUCUACAUGAUGUAUCAGCCAGAUCACUGGUGUAAGAUUCCUUUUUUCAAUGCUGAAGUCUUUGCACAAUCAAACACUACCUCCUAUACAUGGGACGACGUGCUAAAUUCACGUAUAGCUUUUCCUACAGUGAAAAAUAAACAAAGAGAUAUGGAAUGGCAUGAUCAAUGUCAUUAUUACGAGCGAGAUUAUGUGCAUCUUAAAAAUCUUCCCUUAUCGCAGGCAACAAAUUACACUGCGAACGAUGCCCCAGUAAUCAGAUGUGAACAAUGGGAAUAUGAUCAAUCGGUGAUGGAGAAGACUGUCGUAACGGAAUGGAACCGAGUAUGUGACAAUAAUUGGAGUCGUGCUCACGUACACAUGAGUUACUCUCUAGGAUAUCUUGUGGGAGGAUUGCUUGGAGGAUUUGUUAGCGAUCGAUAUGGUCGAAAAACGGCGAUUUAUGGGUUCGGCAUACUGUCGAUGAUCUUUGGAUUCCUUCUGGGCUAUUCACGUGAAUUUGAAAUAUUCCUAGUGGUACGAUUCCUGCUAGCUGCCAGUAAUGAAGCCGCAGAUUUGGCUGCUUAUGUUCUUUGUAUGGAGAUUACUGGCAAAGAAUACCGCUCCAUCGUCGGAAGUCUACUUCAAGCUCCAUGGGCAUGUGGUUAUGCCUUCCUGGCCCUGAUCGCCUAUCUCACAAAGUCAUGGACUACGAUACAUAUGAUUACUGUGGGACUGCAUUGCAUCGCUCUGGUAUUCAUCCAUUUCCUGCCCGAAUCACCUCGAUGGUUGAUCUUGAUGAACCGAGUCGAAGAUGCCGAAAAGAUCAUACGUAAAGCUUGCAAAAAUAAUAACAGCAGCCUACCGAGCGAUCUUGGAUUGGUUCGUCACGCCGAGAAAAGGAAAUGGAUGAAAAAAGACGAACGACCUCAUUACUUUCAUCUUUUCCGUGCAGCCGAAUUACGAGUACGGAACAUCAUGCUGUUCAUUAUUUGGAUCGCCACCGCCCUUGUCUACUACGGUCUUGUCAUUGCUCUUUCUGACCAGUCAUCGCCUGGGAGAUCAGUAUUCGAUGGCAAUUUCUUUUUGAAUAAUGCAAUUGCUGGAGCUAUUGAGUUGCCGACAUUAGCAGCAUGCGUAUUCUUAUUGAAGUACGGGAGGAAGAGUUCACAAAUGAUAACUUUGAUUGGUGCUGGAUCGCUUUUAAUGGCAGCAAUGCUGGCGAUGUACAAUAAAAGGACAACGAUGGCGCUAAUAUUCAUGCUGCUUGGCAAGGUGUGUAUCCAGGGAGCAUUCAAUAUACUUUAUAUAUUCACAUCAGAACUUAAUCCGACUAUUGUCCGUAAUAGUGCGGUAGGGAUCUCCUCAAUGAUAGCCCGAAUGGGUGCCGGUGCUUCCGGCUACAUUGCCAUUUUGUCUGAUGUCACAUUGCCAAUUGUUCCGAUGCUCAUAUUCGCUGUAUUUUCUCUUUGUGCCGGGAUUCUGGUUAUAUUCCUUCCAGAGACACAGGAUGUUCCCUUACCAGAUACCAUAUGGGAUGCUGUGAGCAUGCUAAAGACAAAGCAAAAACCUUGUAUUCCAUUUUUGGACGACGCUGUAGAAGAGGAUACCGCUAAGGAAAAAUACGCCUACAAGCCUGCAACGCAGAAUGGCCAAAACAAAUAA